AUGAAGUUGGCAAAGCCACGAGAUGAGAUUCGUGCGCAGAGCGUGGAGAAAGCCGCGGUUCUGCUGCGGUCGGGAGCCGCCUCGGCGCAGGGACCGCGGAGAACGAUGGAGGACCGGCACAUUGCUGUGGACGACGGCUGGCUCACGUCAUGGCGGGGGAAACUGUGUCGCCUCUCCGGCUCCGAAACGUGGCCCCACAGCGGGUUUUAUGGCGUCUUCGAUGGGCACGCGGGCGUGCGCGCGGCCAACAUUGCACGCGGCUUUCUUUGGAAUAAAAUCCAACCCGUGCUAGUGGAGCGGCUUCGAGCCGGCGGCAGUGAGGAACUCCCGCCCGGGGAGCUCGUAGCCGUGGUGAGGAGGGCAUUCCACGCCACUGAGGAAGAGGUGCUAUCGAGGGCAGUCGCCGGCCGGUGGGUUGACGGCUGCACUGCUAUCACCUGCCUCAUCCACGGGCACCAACUCAUCGUGGGCAACCUUGGCGACUCUCGCGCGGUGCUCUGUAGGGGUACCGAGGCUGACCACAAGCCAGGAACUCCGAGCGAGCAAGCGCGAAUCGUAGCGGCGGGCGGCUCUGUCCAAUAUGUCUUUGGCGUUGCUCGACUCAACGGCGGUCUCUCUCUAUCACGCGCCUUUGGAGACCUUCCGUACAAGCACUUGCCAAAGCGCGGCGAGAGCGGGCCACUCUCUUCAGUGCCAGAUGUUACGGUCCACGAACUCUCGCCGAGAGAUCGUUUCCUCGUGCUUGCAUGCGAUGGGGUGUUCGACUUGUGGACCGACCAGGACGUCGUUCGUCUUGUCGGCGAGGGCUUGCGGCGUUCGGGCGAUUCGCCGACCGCCGCAGCUAGUCACUUGGCGCGAGCCAGCCUACAGCACCGCUUCUGCAGUGACAACGUGACAGUCGUGGUUGUCAUGCUCGACUGGCACGCAUCACGGGCGUGA